AUGCGUGUUAACGUUGUGUCUUUGGUGGUUCUUGCUACUACGGCUGCAGGUCUCGUAGUUACCUCGCCUCGAAUUGGAGAGAAGAUUGACCCCGACCGCCCCCUUACUAUCAAAUGGCAAUCCGUCCAGACCGAUCCUGAUACCUUCACCAUCGAGCUGGUCAAUCAAAAUGUCUAUCCCUCGACAACAGAGAUCGUGGCAGAAGAUGUCGACUCGUCGAAGGGGUCGUACACGGUCAAAGCCAAGUCCUUUACUGACGUGGACGGGUAUCAGAUCAACUUCCUUUCCAACAGCAACGGAAUUCUGGCUCAGUCCCAGCAAUUCGGAGUGACUGCACCUGGUGCUCUCUCUAGCUCUAGCUCUGGUAAGGAAACUAGCACUGCGAGUGAAACUUCGUCUGGGUCGACCUCCAUGCUUUCUUCCACAGCGUCGACAAGUGAGAUUACCUAUUCGACUUCUGCUUCUUCCUCGACUGCUUCUUCUAUUUCUUCGACUACUUACUCUCCCACCAGUGCGUCUACCCCUACCUCGUCCCAUAUAUCUUCUACUUCUGUUUCUACCCCUACAAUCUCUUCUUCUAUAAUGAGCUCUACUCCAAGUGGGUUGACCUCUUCCUUAUCUGUGUCAAAAUCGUUCUCUACCUCUUCUUUUGAUACCAUUACCACAACAUCUAUUUUACCUCCUACAACUUCAAUUCCAAUUUCUACCUCGUCCUCCUCUUUAAUUACCGAAACCUCAUCAUCGUUCUUCCCUUACAACAUUUUCCACAACAACAUUGUCUCUUACCAAAAUGCUUACCGCUUUCACGUCUUCGCCAGCCUCUUCUUCAACAUCUACACCUACAACUUCUUCUACCAGCUCAUCCAUGUCUACAUUUACACCUACAACAACGUCCUCCAUUUCUUCUACCAAGCUAUCUUCCACAUCAUCAAUCUCUACAUCUCAUUCUUCCUCGACCUCUAUUUCGAACACAAUCUCUUCUACUUCAUCUCAUUCCACCCCAUCCUCCACAUCCAAUGCCCGCUCAAGCACUACCCGUGGUUAGUAAUGCAGGCAGCUUUAGUUGUCAAAACACCACUUCACUUCCACCGAUACAUUGAUAACCAGAGACUGACUAUCUUCAUAGAGUCGAGCUCAACCAUGACUUCGAGGACUACUAUGUCCAAGACUCAUACAUCCACCUCGACUACUACCCACCACACCACCUCGACCAGAACCUCGACUGCGAGUGAGUCGGCUACAACUACCUCAAACGCCGCAGCUAUCCUUAUGCCUUCUGCCCAGGCUGGCGGUCUCCUUCUGGGUCUAUUUGCUCUGGCCCUCUAA